GUUUCACUGCUCGCGUGUCAGGAGAUGAUGUCAUGAUCUGGUGGAAGUUGUGUGCGGGAUUUGCCUGUUUUCCAGAAGAAAAGUGUCUCGCGCCGCAUCGGCUCAGGAUUGCUGAUGUUGAGUUGGCAUUUUGGGUGAAAACCCCAGAAGACUCCUAAAACACAGGGCUGAAGUUCAGCUGUAGAUGUGAUGCAGCGUCCUGCUUAAUUUGCAGGUUGAAUAUAAAGCAACAUGACGCUCAGGAGAGUGAACGUAGUGAUCCUGGUCCUGCUCUCGAUCGCCUUUUUAAUCAUCGUGCAUCGAAAUCUGCUGAAUCUCAGCGACUUCCUGAAGCAAGAUGGUUCAGACUCAGCCCCGGGUGCGAUCCUGCCCUUUGAAAGCGGGUUCUUUGCGGAGCGGAAAGUCAGGACCGGGGAGGAGAUCCCGGUGGUAAUCACAGCCUCCGAGGAGAGACUCGGUGCCGCAGUGGCCGCCAUGAACAGCAUCAACCAAAACAGCAAAGCCAACGUGGUUUUCAGCGUCGUGACCCUCAACGAGUCUGUGGAACAUCUCCGGACUUGGCUGAGCAAAACAGACAUCAAGCACAAGAUCAUAACGUUCGAGCCAAAAAUCCUGAAGGGAAAGAUUUCCUUUAAUCCUCAGCAACUGGAUUUGGAAAAACCGCUCACUUUCGCCAGGUUUUACAUGCCAAACUUCUUACCUGACACGGAGAAAGUGAUCUACUUGGACGAUGAUAUUAUUGUACAAGGAGACAUCCAGGAACUUUUUGACACCGGUCUGAAGCCUGGCCAUGCUGCCGCUUUUUCGGAAGACUGCGAUUCUGCCUCUUCUAAAGCCAUCGUUAGAGGAGCAGGAAACCAGAACAGUUAUAUUGGUUUUCUGGACUUCAAAAAGGAAACUGUUCGGAAACUGGGAAUGCGAGCAAACACGUGUUCUUUUAAUCCUGGCGUCAUCGUGGCGAACUUAACCGAAUGGAAACACCAAAACAUCACGCAGCAACUGGAAAUGUGGAUGGAGCGCAAUGUCAAGGAAGGUCUUUACAGCAACAUGUUAGCGGACAGCUUCACUACACCGCCGCUACUUAUAGUGUUCUACAAGCGUCACUCCAGCAUUGAGCCCAUGUGGCAUGUCAGACAUCUCGGAGCCACCGGAGCUGCAAAUCGCUACUCUCCACAGUUCAUCAGCGCCGCUAAACUUCUCCACUGGAACGGACAUUAUAAGCCGUGGGGUAGAGCCGCGUCCUACUCCGGCGUUUGGGAUAAAUGGUACAUUCCAGAUCCUACGGGUAAAUUCCAUCCGAUCAGAAAACACUCAGGAGACAAAUAAACUUUAGACUUGGAAGUGUAAAAAUAACAUGACCCGUAACUAAUCUUUUGCACAAAUAUUUCGGUUUAUUAGGACGACCUGGAUUCGGAUACUGAAAAGGAUUGUAAGGAUUUUGCAAUGCUACACAUUUUCGAUGCUUUUCCAGCAUCUGAUGAUUUUUAAGCAGGUCCAAGAUUUAUUUAUUUUUUUUUCCAAUUGACAGCAUGCGGUAUAUAGUUAAAGCAAUUUGGCUUGAAAACUAGAAUAAAGUAUUAGCACGGAUUUAAACGCGACAUACGGAUGGAAGCAGGCGGGAAAUCAGAUCAGUUUACUUUAAACAUACUCAGUAUUUCAUUUGAUUGGCAUCUCUGGAAAAUUGUCCCUAGUGUGUGAUUGAGUGUGUGUGUGUACCCUGUGAUGGGUUGGCACGCCGUCCAGGGUGUAUCCUGCCUUGAUGCCCGAUGACGACUGAGAUAGGCACAGGCUUCCCGUGACCCGAGGUAGUUCGGAUAAGCGGUAGAAGAUGAAUGAAUGAAUGUUUCCAUUAUGACUUCUGUGCACAGUUACACUGAAUACACACUUCACCUGAACUCAUCAGGUGGUAGAAACGGACCUCGAGACGGCACGAUGACAGCCAGCGUCUUAAAACGGUAUCAAACGAAUACGUUCCGUUUAACAUUCCACCAACACCAGGGGAAAAUUGAUUACGACUAACGGCAUGAAUCCUGAGAACAAGCCUAGGACAAAAACACUAAAACGCUACCUCAAUCCUUAUUGCCUACACUCUAAAGGUCCAGCAUUUUUCAGAUGGCUUUUUCUUUUCAUCCAUUUAGUUACUUAUGCAGUUGGGUCGCAGGGGAUUUUUGCGAGGUACCUUUCCAAGUACAGAAUAAAACCACUUAAUUUAGAUUUUUGCAUAUAUCAUUUUUAAGCAUGUGUUUUGUUUUUUGUCUUCAGUGAUUUCUAGCACAUUUCACUUCUUGACCAAGAGUUAUUUCCAUUUCAGCCUCACUGUUACUUCUUCGGAAGCGUGUGAUCACAUCUGUAAAUAAGAAAAGCAAAUAAUUCUAUAUUUACGUAUUAAAAAGUCUUGUAACAUUA